CUUUUACCUGACCACCACGUCGAACGAAUUAAAAAAUAAAAGUGGGAGGAGCUACCCGGUAAGAGGGGGUGGGUGGUGGCUAAAAGGUGUAUAGUAGUAGUACGUAUACACACAGCAAGUGUGCAGUGGGAAAAGGCCUGGGCUUUGGUUAUUAGUCUGCUGCACGUUGGCCAGUCAAGUCGUGUCGAAAACUCGCUGUUGUGUGUGUCGUUCAAAGUUUGAAACAAGAAAAAUAGAACCCAGCGCGUGUGAGUGGAAUUUGAAACCAAUCAAAUUUCGCUCUAGUGACAACAAACGAAUAGAAAAACACGGACGAAUCGGAUUUUUGUUAAUUAUUUUCUUCCACGGAAAUCAAAAAAAAAAAAAUCGUGCGUGUGUGACGCAAGAUUUUGUUUUGUGUGUGUGCUAUUUUUCGCCGGUGAACUUUUGUUUCGGUUAUCUUUCGACAAGAUAACGGUAUAUAAUCCCAGCGAUAACCAGCACCGAGAUAAAUACAUUCGAUUGCUGGCCAUGUCUUGAUGAAAAUUUCGAGACAUUUUCUCCCGAACCCAUAAUAAGAAAAAUAAGAAAGAGAGAGAAGAAAAGUGUAUAUAGCAAAUCGAAUGCAUCAUCGCCGCCGUCAGCGCUCUCUGCCGGCUACUCCGCCGUAUUGAUCGGUCGGUCCUCCCGUCCAUUUUCCCCCCUACGGCGGCCAUUCAAAAAGGAGCCCCUUGGCGACUGCGCGCACAGCAUCUACUCGACCGUGGAACAUGGUAUACAACACAGACUCUUUAAUCCGCCAGCAAUAAGGAAAAAAGAUACAAACCCCCGUGUGAAGUGAAAACGAAGGAAAGAAAUAAUAUUUUUUCCAGCCGUCAUGGCUCAAGCGAUGGAUCUCAAUUCGAAUAACGUGACGGCGGAAUUAACUCCAGUGGCGGCGCUGGAAUCUCGCAACGCUCCAUCGGCCAUCCACGUCCGAAACCUGUGCCACAACAACAGCAGCCCCACCAAUGCCAAUCUCCAGAUGGCCUAUCACACUUCGGCGGGAGUUUCAAAUGCAACGAUUCCGGCGCCUAUACAGACGCAAGUUUGUUCGUCGCCAGCCGGGCCGUCGGGUCAACAGAAUUUGGCCGUCGUGACAGCCGCCGCCCAUGAUUUGACCGAUUCACGCAGUGGAUGGUUGGAUGGCAUUUUCGGCUGCUUCCGGCCCGUUUUUUGGAAUUUGACAGCCAAAGCCAACAAAGACGAAUGGGAGAUUCCGUCUGAAGCGCUCCGUGAACUUGAAUGGUUGGCAUCCGGAGCUCAAGGUGCUGUUUACAAAUGCCGGAUGCGUAAUGAGAUCGUGGCCGUCAAACGGGUCAAAGAUAAAAGAGAAGCCGAUAUCCGGCAUCUCCGUCAACUGCACCAUCCCAACAUUAUCCGCUUCAAGGGAGCGUGUACACAGGCGCCGAAUUAUUGUUUGGUGAUGGAAUAUUGUCCGAACGGAACGUUGUACAAUUUCUUACGCAACGACGAGAAUAAAUUAUCGCCCAGGCUGACCGUUGACUGGGCCGUACAAAUCGCUUCCGGAAUGCACUACCUCCAUCAACACAAAAUCAUCCACCGUGACCUGAAAAGUCCCAAUGUUCUACUAGCCGAGAACAAUGUGGUUAAAAUCAGCGAUUUUGGCACGUGCCGGACGUGGAAUGAAAUCAGUGUCGAAAUGUCCUUUAUAGGAACAUACGCCUGGAUGGCGCCGGAAGUCAUCCGCAAAGAACUCUGCUCUGAAAAGAUGGAUGUCUGGUCUUAUGGCGUGGUUCUAUGGGAAUUGCUGACCAGUGAAAGUCCUUAUCGUGACAUUGAUCAAGCUGCCAUCAUUUACGGCGUGGGCACCAACCGACUUCACUUGCCUCUUCCGCCUUCGGUUCCGGCGGGUUUCCUCCUUCUGAUGCGGAUGUGCUGGGACCCGAAACCGCGAAACCGGCCGUCGUUUUCUUCCAUUUUGCUCCAUCUGUCGAUCGCUUCUGCCGAUCUGGUGACUCAGGAACCGGAACACUACGCCGCCCAGCAAUUCCAGUGGAAGAAGGAGGUGCGCUCUUGUCUCAAGAGCAUCGGCCAUUCCGCUUCGGCGGCUUCCAGCACUUGCAGCGCCACCACCCGCAGGGACCAUCGCCGCCGUGGCCGCCAAGGCUCGUCUUCGGUGGAUUCUUCUAACGACAACCUCAAUCAAAACAACAACAACAACAGCAACAGUAGCAGCAGCGAUAAUAGCCGGCCACCGCAACAGCAGCGAUUUGACGAUUCCGGCGGCGACGAUCAGCUGUUGAGGCGGCUGGCCGAAAUGAAACACGUCAAUGACAUCCGCGCCCUCUACGAGGAGAAACUCGAACGAGUCAACUGCCUCUACGCCGAAGUGGCUUCCCUCAAGGCGAUCCUGGAGGAACAAGCGAGAAACAAACCAAAGAGAGAGAAGACACGCAAGAGGAGCUACAAGAGGUGCCUGGUCCGACCGAUUCAGGAUCGGUUGAUUGGAGCCAAACGAUCGUAUUCGACGUGUGUGGAUAAUAAGCCGCGCUCGGCCGUUUUCCUGGAAGUGGAGGAGAAUUCCGUUCAGCCCGUCACGGUUUUGCGGCCGCUGCCCGGCAGCCAGUACCAACCGUCACCGCAGUUGGUCAGCAGCACCAAACGGCGCUCGUGUCGCGUCAAAGUCCUGUCGCAUUCCCAGUCACUACACCGGCGAUCCUGGAGCGUCGGAGGAUCCAACGUCCACCAGACGAUGAUGAGACGGAGUGAGUCGCACCUCCGCCGGCUGGAACACAUUUCCGAAAAGACGUCGACGCCGCCGGCCCAGGAACGGGAUUCACGGCCGCUGUCCUCAUCUUCAUCCUCUUCUCGUUCGUCUUCCGAUCGCCGGAAUUCGGCCGCUCUGGUCGACGCCGAAACGCAGACGAUAGUCGAAGACGAGCUGGCGGAAGAGCCAACUUGCGUCGUUCGAUCCGGCAGCCGGAGGAGUAAAGGCGACGGCCUGGAAUCGCCCGCCGUGAUCCGUCUGAAACAAACGGGUGAAGAAUCGAGCGACAGCGAACCGGAAGUCAUCCAGGAAAUUGAGGAGGAAACUUACAGAUGGGAAAGGAAGCGCGGGCGAGCCAGCGGGAGUAGCCAACAUCUUUCACUGUGCGAAUCGUCCAGUCAGAGUUUGAACGAGCCUCGCCAGCUGCAACAUUUCGGUAUCGGCAGGAGAUACACGGUCGAUAUGAGCCAAUACAAGUACAACGACGCUUGGACUCAACGAAUCCAGCAGCCGUCCGUAUUAUUGGACGAUGAAACUCAUCAUCGGUCAGCCCAGCCGGACAAAGCAAGCACAUUGCCGGCCCGGAUGAACGCUCUGACUCUCUCACGACAUUCCAGUUGGGAAACGUGUUCCGAACAGGAGGAAUCUAGUCUUCCGGCGACCCAAAAUGACGGCAGCCUCCGUCGUCGAAGUUUGGGACGAAAUCCGAUUCGUUCACGCAAGUCUUUCAAGGAUCGCCCCACUUCCGUCUACUCUGGUAAAUCAUCCGGUUCCGUCGAAGAGAAUCCCUCUUCGCUUCCAGUUGGCGAAUUCCAGUCGGAUGGCGGGUUCUAUUACGAUCUGGACGGCAACGUUCAAUCUGAAGAACACGAUACGACGCUAAUGGAUUCGUGCGGAAAUAUUCCGGCCGUCAGACAACAAGAGAUUUCACGUCUCGAUCUGGCCGGCGACCAUUCGCAUUCCUUCGCCUGAAAAAAAAAAAGAAAUAAAAAAUUAAUAUAAAUGUUGUACGUAAUUUUCACUUGACCGGAGACAAAAUUAUGUAAUUGUGACAACGAACUUUCCUCCCGUCGUCGACUGUUUUAAUUUUUUGUUUUAUCUUAAUAUUAUUCUGUCUGUUGUUGUAUUGAGUAGAGAUAAAUCCGAGCCAAUGUGUCAAGCUUAUCUUGCCAGCCAAUAAUAUUCCGUUGUAUUGUCUUCACAUUCCCAUACCCACCGUUCGUAUAACAGUACUUAUUAUAUAUUUGUCUAAUAAUGUAUAAAAAUCGAUGAUUUGUUAUUUUAGAAUUGUGUUUAUAAAAAUAAUGAUAGAGAUAUGCGAAAUGAUGGCCGCGGGAUGUUAAAGAAUAGUUGAACGUAUCGUUUAAUUAUAAUCUGAGGCUCAAAUGUAUCCAUUUGUUUUUUGGUGUGUCAUUUGUGGAGUUGACCGAAGAAGCUGUUUUUCACUUUUGCUCAGCUAGUUUUUUAGAGUGAAAUAAUGUAGGAACUUGAUGUGUACUUACACCCGCGCAGAGCUGUGAUUUCAGUUGGUCAUUCAAAAAAAUUCAAAACAGGCCUAUUAAAACUCCACAAAGUACAUAAUAAAAUUAAUAAUAAUAAUAUACUUCAUGUUAGUUUAUUAUAUAUUCCGUACAUAUAUAUUUUUUUUAAGUUCAACGAUCAUUCCUGCCUUGUGUGUCUCAAAAAGUCUAUACAAACAAUAAUAAACCUUGCCGUCAGGAUCGUUAGUACACAUAACAACACGAACCUUGUUGACUUUUACUUCUUGCCGAGCACGUAGCCUAUUUAUUUCCUUGUUGAGUUGAGUUUGAGGAAAUGGCUCGUUUAGAAUUACCAAACAACGUUGACGUCAUUAUUUAAUUCUUUUAAAUUCCCAUCCCCUUCACUACCUGCAUCCUGCCGCCAGUUCGUUGUCAGAUAUGAUGAGUGACAUUCGAUAGUCCACAUCAUCUUGACUAAAAUGGCUAUAGUCGCUCUUAGUGAAGAACAAGCUGAUCUUUUGCUGGAUAUUAGGGAAGAUACGGAACUUGAACUCAACAGUGCAGUUCAGAAUUGCAAUAAUAAUAACAGCAACAAACCUGUUGAAGGAAAAGGUGGGAAAUUCAAAUUGCGAUCCGUCCUGUGCACGCAUCAGUUCGCCCGAUUGUUUCCUAGCAGGCAUAGAUGUUUUCUUCACGUGACAAGUUUCGUUCACAUUUUGUUGGCUUUAGCCCUUCUCAUAACCAUUCCCAAGUAUGUCCAGAUCAGCAGCGGGGUUGGGGGUGACAAUUUCAGUUCACUGUUUUUCGUCUUGGCCAUCACAGCCACUGCCCUUGUCAUUCUGAUGGGAUUGAGAAAGUUUUGGGACCCAUCAUUUAGUAUUUUUAGUAGACUUGAAAUUAGGAACAUUCUGAGGGAUGCACUUAUUUUCACCAUCAGUUUACUUGGCAUCUCGUACUGUUGUGAGGUGGAUCGAGUGCCUUGCCACCUUCAAGAUGGUCUGUUUUUUCUCUGCAUCCCUGUUUCGAUAGUGUACAUGUCCAUCAAGAAAAAGAAAGAAAAUGUCACAAAAAAUACAAAACUAAUUGGGAUGUUGGCAGGAUUCAUGUCCCUUGUUUUCAUGGGUACAGUACCAAUGUUGGCUUACAGGUUUUCUUGUAGAGGCCAAGACAUGAGUAUUGAUGAGAAUGAAAAUACUGAGCUAGAAGGAUCUGUUUGGAUAUUGGCAUAUGUGAUGUUCAUAGGAUUUUUCUCCUGUUGCAUGUGUGAUUUUUGGUCUUGCAUCCAAGAUCAUGAAGAUUCAUCUAGGAGAAGUUUUGAGUGGACCUCUUGGUUUCAUUUAUUUGCAUUUGUUGCACUUAUUUGUCUUUUCUGGACCAACAUCCUUCCAACUAUUGGAAUGGCUGAUGGAAUUGAUGACUUUGCUGCCAAAUUGUCUAGUGUUUGGAACUGCCACUUUACCAGCAAUUGCCUUACAGUUUCAAAACUGGGAUUUCUUGUAUCUGCAUUAUGGUUACUCUUCCUUUACAUGUCUAACCUGCUAGUCUACCGUUUUCAGUCCAAUCCUGUUUAUGUGAUAUGCAAUGCAUGUCUCGCCAUACCUUUGCUAUCUGUGUUCUACAGUUUAUUUACGUUUGACCAGACAUUUGGAAUUCAAGUCAAGAUCAGUCUGAGUCUUGGUUGUCUGAUUACCAUGGUUACUUUUCCUAUUGCGUGUGUAGUAUUGAGUUGUUACCAUAGUGCAUCAAUUGUGUUUAACCUUUUAGAUAGUUUUGAUAUCUAUUAAGUAUUACGAUUACUGUAUUAUCCUGCUGUGUUAUCAGUGCAACAUUAAACAAAUGAAUUGAAUUACCACAA